GAGAAUUCUUGAAUUCGCCGAUCUCGCUUUUCUAUCAUUUCAACUGCAUACGGUAGCCCUCAUUUAAUAAUUCUUGAACAGAAGUUUUGAUCCUCGCGAGGCUUUCCAACACCUCCAGCCAGCCUGGCCGGUGAAGCUACAGACAGACUCGCGAGGUAUCUCCCGUCACUGUCCAACGACGACAUCAUGUACUCCAACUCCAACUCCUUUCUCGGAGGCGGCAAUAGCAUGCGCCCGGGUCCACAACAGUAUGGAAGCUCUUUCAAUGCUGGCCCGGGCCAGCAGCAGCAGCCUCAACAAAGCCCUUUCGCUUCUCAGCCAACCGGCUUCGCCCAAGCACCGCUCCAGCAGCAGUAUACCGGAUAUCCAGCCAUGCAGCAGCAGCCAAUGCAAACGGGUCAGAUACAGCCCCAGUACACUGGAUUCCCUGGGCAGCAGCAGCAGGGGUUUCAAGGUAGCGCGCCUCCGAUGCCAGCCAUUCCACAACAGUUCCAGCAACAGUUCCAGCAGCAGCAGCAGCUUCCCCAGCCUCAACAAUCGGCUUCAUUCUUAAGCUCCCAAUCGACAACUUCCUCGAGCUUGCAAGCGCCCUCAGCAACCGCAGCACCAGUGAAGCCUCAGCCUACCGGCUUCAGUCAAAUGGCAGCCUCUUUCCAGACUGGCGGGCAGUCUGCCUCUAAGCCAGCACAAACCAGUAAGGGACCCAAGAUUCCCAACAUCAGAUUAUCCUUCAUCACCGCCCAAGACCAGGCCAAGUUUGAGACUUUGUUCAAAUCCGCGGUUGGUGAUGGACAGUCAACCAUGUCUGGUGAAAAGGCACGAGACAUCUUGAUGAGGUCUCGCCUUGAUGGAGAAUACUUAUCCCAGAUCUGGACAUUGGCAGAUACAACGCGCUCGGGACAGCUUCACUUCCCCGAGUUCGCCCUGGCCAUGUAUCUUUGCAACCUGAAGAUGAAUGGCAAGUCCCUACCCUCUUCGCUCCCCGAGAAUAUAAAGAAUGAGGUGUCCAGCAUGGUGGAUAUCAUCAACUUUAGCAUUGCCGAAGAAAGCGCCAAUGCCAGCUCGGCCACCAACGCCCCUGACUUUACCGUCCGACAAAACACGGCAACGCCCCCUACCAUCCAGCACCCGCAGCCUCAGCCAUCGAAUUCCCAGUUGCUUCAGGCACAAAUGACUGGAUUCCCCGGAGCCCAACAAGGAUUUAUGGCACAGGCGAACGGAGGCUUGCUGCCGCAGCAAACAGGUUAUCCUGGUAUGCAAAACCCGCAACCAACUGGUUACACCGGACCCCGACCGCCUAUUCCUCCAAUGCCAACUGGGUUGGGACCCGGUGGGAUGGGAGGUAUGGCAGCGCCACUCAACGCACAACCAACCGGAAGACCCGGGCAAUGGGGUCUGGUCAACACCCCUUCGACUGGUCUGCCCAAUAUCGACGCCCUACACGCUCGCAUGAUGCCCCAGCAGGGGCGGGAGCAAGGGAGCUUCACCACUGCUGGCCUCCAGGGUAACGCUGUCAUCCCGUGGGCAAUAACCAAAGAUGAGAAGACCCGCUACGAUGCGUUGUUCAAGGCUUGGGAUGGCAUGAACAAGGGCUACAUUGCCGGCAGCCAGGCCAUCGAGAUAUUUGGGCAGAGUGGACUCGAAAAACCCGAUCUUGAACGCGUCUGGACUUUGGCAGACCACGGAAACAAAGGACGUCUUAAUUUGGACGAGUUUGCAGUUGCAAUGCAUUUGAUUUACCGAAAGCUGAACGGCUAUCCUCUGCCUAACAGCUUGCCCCCGGAGCUUGUGCCGCCGUCCACACGCAACUUCAACGAGGCCAUUGGGACUAUGAAGAACAUGCUAAAUCAAGAGUCUGAUUUCCGCAAGAACUCAGGAGCUGCACUCUUGCCCCAAAAGACAGGGGUCAGCUAUCUAAAGACUCAUUCGUUCCGGGGCCAAGGUGGUGUUCCAACUGGCUCGCGCAAAGAUGCCACCGUUUUUAAGAAUGACGAUGAUGCUGUUGGGUACAAGUCUAGCGCCCGUCGCAGGAUCGGAAAUGGAUCCCCACGGCCAGACUCUCCUUCUUCGGUAGGCUCAAACGAUGAUAUGAGCAUUGAACAAUUGAGGAAGAAGAUCAAGGAAAAGCAGGUCCUACUUGACGCCAUGGACUUCAAAGACGAGAAGUCACUUGAGGAGGAUGAUGUUCUUGAUCGUAGAGACCGCAAGGAAGCUGAGGAUCUUUACCGACGCAUUAGAAGAAUCCAGGAGGACAUUGACUCACACCCUGACGCACCUCUCCCGAGCGGCGACUCUGACGCAGAGAGACGCGCUUUGAAGCGACAGCUGCAGAACUUGAAGGAUUCGAUUCCAGACCUUGCAUCACAGGUGAGGAAGACCGAGAAGGCUAUCUUUGAGGCCCGCCUAGAACUGUUCAGGCUCAAAGACGCCAAGGCCCAUCCGUCUAGCGCACCGGCAAUCGUUGGCACUGGUCCCGGAGGCGCUGUCACAGAGUCCGACAGGCUCAAGGCUAGAGCCAAGGCCAUGAUGCAGCAACGCACAGCAGCUUUGACUGGAAAGAAGAUUGACGUAAGCAGUGAGGAUACGGAUGCUCCCAAGCGACUGGAAGAGGAGAGUAUUCAGGCCAGGACCGAGAAGGAGAACAACGAGCGUAUGGUCAGAGACGUGGAAGAGAGUGUUCAAGAGUUUGCCCGAAGCAUUGAGGACAGCCUUCAAGCCGGUGGUCCAACCGCAGAUAACGAGCACGAACGGCGUAGAUGGGAGGAUGCUCUCGGGGUUGAGGAUGAGGUUCGCGACUUCAUUUUCGAUUUGCAGCGCUCUAGCCGAUCGAAGCGAGUUAGAGCCCAGGAUCGUCGUGCAGACCGUUCCGGAGCUCCCAGCGACCCCCCGCGUUCCGAGUCUGCUCCUAGACACGAAAGUCCAUCUGCCCCGGCUGCUCGGACCGGCACUCCAACAUCAGCUUCCUCCGCUGGAGGCUCGUAUUCCUCUUACAAGACCCCAGAAGAAAGGGCAGCUUUUAUCAAGCAGCAAGCCGAGCAGCGCAUGGCAGAAAGGCUAGCAGCUCUUGGCAUCAAGGCCCCUGUCAAGGGCGGGGAGACGCCAGCGCAACGUAUGGAGCGCGAGCGAGCCGAGCGCGCUGCCAAACUUCGACAGGCCGAGGAAGAAGAUGCUCGUCGCGAAGCAGAGAGACAAGCAAGGCUUGCGGAAGAGCAAGGGCCGCCCCAGCCGGCAGCGCCCGCGCCGAAGGCUGAGGCCAAACCGCCGCCACCUCCUCCAAGCCGUAAGGCAGCUGCUGACCGGGAAAACGCUGCUAAGAAGGCCGAGGAAGAAAGACUGGCACAAGAACAGGAAGAACAGCAACGUCAGAUGCGUGAGAUGGAAGCCAAGGCCAAGGCUGAGGAGGAAGAGUUGGCAAGGGAGAACAGCGCCGCCGAAGCGCGCCUCAAGGCACUCGAGGAACAGGUUCGCCAAGGCAAACUUAAAAAGGAGGAAGAAAAGCGCAAGAAGAAGGCAGCUCUUGCCGAAGCCAAAGAAAAGGAAGCCAAGUUGGCCGCACGGCGACAGGAAAUCGAGGCCGCCAAGCGGCGGGAGGAAGAGCUCCAAAGACAACUGGAAGCGAUGAAUGAGGACUCAUCUUCGGACGAUGACGAGCCGGCACAAAUCACCCCUCAAGCAUCGACGCCAACCGUUGGAAGUCAGGAGCUCGAGCGAAAGCCGUCACCUCCUCCACAGGUAGCAGAACCCAAGACGGAAAGCCGCAACCCAUACUUUAGGAUGCUGUCACAGUCUUCCGAGGGAACCACGUCCGUGUCCCCGCAGACUGCAGCGCCUCCGGUGCCUCAGCAGGAAGCCCCGGCUCCUGCUCUAGCCCCGGCCCAGGCCGCGCCUGAGGCGUCAACCAACCCCUUCCACCGCAUGACGGCGCCACAAGCGGCGGCCCCGGCGCCGAUAUCACGGAAGCGAGCUGACACGGACGAUGGCUGGGGAUCUGACAAGGACGAUGAUGAAGAUGACUCGGACGAUGACAGACCAGGUGGAACCAGCGCUGCGCAGCUUGCGUCCAUCCUGUUUGGCACCAUGGGCCCUCCUCGUCCACUAUCCGCUGCAGAUAACAAGUCAGUUUCUUCUCCGACUGCAGUAGCAUCACCUCCAAUGGUGGCAUCUCCUCCGCCUCCACCGCCCGGGCCACCGCCGGUACCGGCUGCGGCGGCGCCCCCACUGCCUUCAACACCAUCGCCGGCCCCUGAGAUUACAUCGGCACCUCCAGCACCGCCACCACCCCCUCCGCCGAUGCCAUCUAUGGGAGCACCCGGCGCACCGCCACCUCCCCCACCAAUGCCUCCCACAGGAGCACCCAGUGCCCCGCCACCACCGCCGCCUCCACCACCAGCUGCCGGCUCCUCAAGCGCACCUCCUUCAGCUCCCGCAGGAGGUAGGCCAGCAGGCUUCUUGGGUGAAAUUCAGGCUGGAAGAGCGCUCAAGAAAACUACAACUAAGGACAAGAGUGGCGCCGCAGUUGCUGGCCGGGUUUUGGACUGAGCAUGAGUCGGUUGUUGGCCUUUGAGAAAGGUGGUCCGACAUAGCCGAUAACCAUGGUAAUUUUUUAUUAGCCGUACGUGUCAAUAGCAUCAUGCGUUCACGUCGAUAUCUUAGUUACCAAAUCACAGCGCUAUACGGGUUUUGUGCGGCAUUGGGCGUGAAAAGGAUACAUGCACGUUUAUGCAGGGGCUCCAGGUUUGGGUCACUUAGUGGACCAGGACUAUCCGGCUGUUUAUAUGUGCACAAGGAUGCCAAGUGGGUACUUUUGGUCGUGUGAAUGCUACGUCUAUAUCAGCGUUCAUGCAUCCGUCCAGCAUGACCGAUGCGAACUGGCGGGUACAAUAUAAUGCCCCUGACGGGAUGAGUCGAAUUUUUUUUCACUUGAUGGGUGGUCAGAGGCAGAGUCUGUUAAAAUAAUUUCCUUUAUAAAAAUAGCAUACAAAAGCCAUUACUUUUCACUACCUGGGGUUUUUUUUGUUCCUUCUUUUUCUUUUUCCUAAAAGGGCUUUUAUUAUGACUUUUUUUUCUGCGUUUUUAGUUCUCAUGAUUUGCAGAUUUAAUUUGUGCUUUCUUUUUUCAAUCCAACCACAUCUUUGGGACUGAUAUCUCAUUCUUUACAGUACAUUCGUUUAUUUCCAGCCCCUGGAAACUUACACUAAUUUUCAGCGUCAUAUUUUGAGAAAAAAAAAAAAAAAAAAAAAAAAAAAG